AUGGAUUAUGCACCAGUAGUGAAUGAUACUUGUUAUGCCUACGAAGAUGAGAGUCUCGACAUAAGCUGCGUUGAACCAACACGUUACGACCAGUUCUUCAUCAAGAUUGAAGUUGAAUUUCGGAAGUUGCCUGAACAAGACCAAGAUAAUGAUGAACCAGAUUUCUCCCGCUUAGAAAUCACAAGAAAAACAGAAAUAUUUCUGGAGCGAUGUAAUCGAAUGCCAUACAACAACUUAUCGUUGCACAGCGUUACAAGAAUGUUGGAUAUAAUGGGAGUGCAGGUAUAUGAUCAUGAAUAUAUGUUUUAUCGUAUGCUGUUAUGUGCGGAUAAAAUUGUCAAUGAACCCCACAACAGGAACAAGAAAAUACUCCCAAUGAAGGUUUUUAUUACUAUCGCUGUCAAUUACUCUUUAGAAGAACCUGACGAUUCCUUUGUUUUGAUUCACACGAAUACUGUGCAAUUCAAAGCAAUUCCAGCUGGGAAUAAAUAUGUUGAGGGUUUAGAGAAGGUGAGAAUAGAAGAAACAGAGUUGGGAAGGGAAUGUGUGAUAUGCAUGGAAAAGAUGGAGGUUGGAAGUGAAGCAAGAAAAAUGCCCUGUUCUCAUGUGUACCAUGGAAACUGUAUAAUGAACUGGUUAGUUGUGAAGAGGGUUUGUCCACUUUGCCGGUUUGUGUUGCCUUCUCGGAUGCGAAUUCAGAAUUUAGAGUAG